UCCCUAUCUUAAUAAUUUCCUACAUACUAAUAUAAUAAUUAAUUUCUUUGUCAAACUUUUCCUUCUUCAAGAUGUGGUUGAAUAAAAGUAUUCUUUUCGCUACAGCUAUUUUAAUUGUCUCUAUACUUCUUUUCUCAUCGCAAACAACUGCUACAAACUGCAAGACCGUCACAAAGACACGCCAUUGUACUAAAACCAUUAAUCCUAAAAAUUGCCCAAAAACCAAAACCACUACUGUCACAGUUAGUUCUACCACCAUCAAACCCGCCACUACUACUACUACUACCACCACUACCACAACCACAACCUCCACCGUCGUACCUACUACAAAUACUGUAAAAAAGAGACAUGAGAAUGAGGAGGUUAUUUGCAUCCCCGAUAAAAAGGAAAAGCGGCAUGAUUUCUAUUAUAAACAUCGAAAAUGCGUAAAAACCGUCUAUUGUACUCCAACUGUUAUCAAAAAAUGUCCCAAACCUCGCACCACAACAUUGACUGCUACUAGGACUUUUACUUCAACUUCCGUAUCAGUAACAACAACUACAGCGACUGCAACAACAACUACCACAACUGUUAUUCCUUGUUGUACUCCUGGUGCAUUUCAAACUGCAAUUCCACUCCAAUUACAUCUAAACGUUAAUGCUCAAGUUAAUGGAGCUACAGAUGCAAUAAGUUGUUGUGUAGCUUGUGCUCAAGACCCCAAUUGUGUUCAAUGGAAUCUUGCAAGCAGCCGAUGUUUCUUAUCCGGUUCAGCCACUUGUAAUAAUCCAAUAAUACCAUUUGGUAUAGCAGCGACCGCUGGGGGAAUUAUGCGAUGCCAAGAUGGUUGUCUACCACCAAAUUAAAUUCCAAAUCGUAUGUUGGUUAUUAAAUUUCCUAUUGAUCCCUAACAGUAUUAUCUGCUCCUUCAAUAGUGUUUUAGAUAUUUAUAUUUAAUACAAUAGAUGUUAUAAUUUUUUUUCCAGCGUAUAUAGAUUUAAUGAUAUGUUCCUUGGAUAAAUUAUUAUUAUUAUUUUUU